AUGAAAUCCAAAUAUAAGAGCCGAUCUCCACUCACGAAUGUUGUCCGAAAACCACAGGUUACUCAUCAAGGACUUCUAUUUUGUGAGAUUCCUGCACCUGCUUCACCAUCUUCAACGAAACAAAGGGCAACUGAUAUGGCCAAACAUAUUUCUAAGAAGAAGAAGAAGAAGAAAAGAAAAAUGAUCAUCUGUUCUGAGUCUACUGCUGAUGAAGAUGAAACAAUUCCAGAAACUCCAAAAGCCGAUCUUCACAAAGAAUCUUCUACUCCUGCACCAACAGAUGUUAUACCACCUGAAGAGUCGGUUGCCAAGUCAGUUUUUGAGGAGGCACGAACUUCUGACAUUCUUGUAAACGUAUCUAAUUCGGAUGCAAAUGUUAUCAUGGGUGAGGAUGCUUCGCAUAAAGCUGACCAAGGUAAAACUUCGGAUGUUACCUCAGAAAUUGUUGUUUCUUUUCCUCCACAACUCACACCUAUCAUUCCUACUACUUCUACCACUGAUUCUCCUACCUUCGAAAACAUUAUCAAACAACCAAUUACAUCUCUUUUUUCUUCAUAA